ACUGCAGAUUCCUUCCUUGAGUGCUUCCACAAUAACCUGCUCGAUAUUAGCAUUGACCCCCGGCCAUAUGGGACUCAUUCUUUCCGUCGCGGAGGUUGUCAGUACCUGGCCAUGGUGCUUCGGUGGCCACUCCAUCAGAUAUGCACAUGGGGGGGCUGGGCAGAGAAUUUUGAUAACCCUGGCACUAUUUUCAAGUACCUUCUCUCAUGGACUGAUGCACCCCAGCUCCAGCGAGAGGACUACUUCAAUCCCGAUCGAGCUGGGAGUGAUCCAUGUACAGCUUGUGGCUGUACUUGCACCUGUGCAUGA